AAACGCUACCCAUUUGCGCACUACCCUUCUUAAAUCUCUAUAAAGAUCUCUACUCUUGUUACCUGCUGCAGCACUGAGUUUGCUUGCUUUCAAUUAGAGGUCUUUUAACCCAUCCACUCCCUUUCCUUUACUCUUGCCUAUAGUUUCAUUCUUGAUUUAUUUAUUUGCUCACGUCAGAGCUUCAGUUUUCUGUUAAUGGCUUCCACUUCGACAUCUGGUCGAGGAGAGCAGGAAAGACAUCCACUUCUGGCACUUGAACGUCCUAUCAAAAGGAUAAAAUCCGCCGUGACUGUAAAGCAGUAUGAUGUAUUCAUCAACCAUCGAGGCCCAGAUGUCAAAAAGACUCUGGCUCAGCAGCUUUACGAUUCUCUAAAGGAAGCUGGGAUCCCGGCAUAUCUAGAUUCUGAAGAGACUGAAUUGGGAGAUUCAAUUUCUUCCACCAUAAAAAACGCCAUAUAGUCUGCCAGAGUGCACAUCGCCAUCUUGUCUCCACGAUAUGCAGAGUCUGCUUGGUGCUUAGCUGAGCUAGCUUUGAUGUUUCAAACCAAGGCUAAAAUUAUUCCCCUGUUUUACCAUGUUGACCCUUCAGACUUCCGCCAUGUAAAAGGAAGAGUUGCGGCUGCAUUUUCCAAACACGAAGAGAAGGACAGAUAUCCUAAGGAUGACAUUGAACAGUGGAAAGUAUGCCUCAAGAACGUUUCAGAGAUCAAGGGCUACGAAUUCAACGGACAGAAUGACUAAGACACCAUCAUGAGCUUUCCGUCCAUAUUUAUUUUCUAUAUUUUGUUAAUUUUUUUAUUAUUUUACAUUUUUGGUCAGUCGUUCUGCUGGCAGAAAAUUGUCAGUCGUUCUGCUGGCAGAAAAUUAAAUCAGCAGUCACAAAAAUGAUGACUGUUUCAUAUUUUGUGUGCUAAUUUUUUUUGUAAUUUAUAAUGCACCUCAUUUUAGAGAAAGCAUUUUAUGUGAAUUUAUAGACAUUUUGUUGUACAAUAAAGCUUGUAAAUGCUAGCUUACUUCACCCUAGAGAAAAUGAUGGAAAAGUAAGACUGAAAUUGGAACGAAGAUUUUCUCUGCAUUUGCUUUUCUUUCCGAAAAAAGUUCUUUUUCUGAUUUUUAAUUGGUUUCGCUCUUUUUUUAUGGAAUGAAUGACAGAUCGUUAUGGAAUUCAAUUUUGGAGAACAUUAUGAAGUUGCUGUCUGAUUGCAUAGGAAUACGGCUUUCGUCCACUGGGAGCGAUCAGAAAGAGUUGUGUAAUGGUGUGGUGUCUGCUGUGAUGAACGAGAAGCAAAAGAGGAAAAUUCCUUUCCAAGUUGCAAAAUAUGAGGUUGGACUUGAUAAGUUUGUGAAUGAUUUCCACAGCCAUUGCCGGAGAAAUGGGCAGAUGAUAGAUAAAAUAAUUGGCAUCUACGGAAUGGGAGGGUCUGGCAAGACCACUCUCGCCAAAUAUUUGUUCAAUCAAAAACGUUCAGAAUUUAGUGGAUCAACUUUUCUCUUUGAUGUACGGGAACAACAAGUCAAAGGUGAGUUGACUUCUGUGCAAAGUCAGCUUCUCAAAGGUCUUCUUAACCUGGAAGAAAAUAGCAUUCCUAGCAUAGAAGAUGGGAUCGCCGUUAUCAAGGAUAAUCUUGAGAGGAGCCGUGAAUCUAGGUUCCUUAUAGUUAUAGAUGACUUUGAUAAUCAGCAGCAGUUAGAUGCACUUUUACCCACAGAUGCCCUCAAUCCCAAUAGUUUGGUGAUUGUCACAACCCGUGACGAGGGUCUUCUUAAACAGGUCGGAGUCACAGUUCGUUAUAAGAUGAAAGAAAUGAAUCCACAGCAUAGCAGAGAGCUCUUCUGCUGGCAUGCAUUUCACAGACAAUCUUGUCGAAGUGGAUAUGAUAAUUUGGUAGACAACUUUGUCAAUUUCUGUAAAGGUUCGCCUCUUGCUCUUAAAGUAAUGGGCGCACAUGUUUUUGGCCGUGAAAAGGCUUAUUGGAAGUUACAGUUAGAUGCUGUUAAGGAAAGGCUACACAAAGACAUAAAAGAUACUCUUAAAAUAAGCUAUGAUGCUCUGGAAGAGGAUCAAAAACAGAUCUUUAUGGAUGUAGCGUGCUUUUUCAUAGGGAAAAAUGUGAGCACGGCAAUAAGUAUAUGGAAGGCUUCAAGGUGGAGAGCCGAACAUGCACUUCAGACCCUCAAGGACAAGUCCCUUGUUGAAACAGAAAUUCUUCCGGAGGGUUCAAGGUGGAGAGGCGAACAUGCACUUCAGACCCUCGAGGACAAGUCCCUUGUUGAAACAGAAAGUCUUCCGGUAUUCACUUCACGUAAGGCUAAAAUAAUAGACGAUUAUGAGCCACCAUCUUAUUUCAGAAUGCAUGAUCAUCUCCGCGACUUGGGGAGAGAACUGGCAGAUAAUGAAAUGAACCAUCCUCGUCGACUGUGGCGUCCUGAAGAUCUUAUUGGAAUAAGUGAAAUCAGGGGAUUCCAGAACAUCCUCAUGCGGUCCGAAGGAAAUUAUUUCAGAUGUUACAGUCGUAUUGAGGACAAAGAAAGUGGUCUUGAGAUGAGAUGUUUUCUGGAGAGUUCAAGGACAUCAACUGAUUUACAAUGGCUUGAACUUAAUGGUAGGAUUCCUGAAUGGAUUCCUUUACAAAAUUUGCACACUUUAAAGUUUGAAGGACCUUUGAGGUUGUGGAAAAUGGAUGACCAGGUUUCGCUCAAGUUGAAAGAGCUAGAUAUCUAUUUAUCGGUUGCUCUUGGCAAUUCCACUCAUUUAAACAAACUGGUGAGCUCGUUUGGAAUGUUAAAAAAUCUAGAAAGGCUGAAGCUAAAUUUUGAAGAAGACGUCUUCAUGUGGAUGUUUACUGAAUACAAUUGCUUGCUAAAAUCUGUGAGAGAACUCACCAAUCUGAAAACUUUAGAGUUGAUGUGGAUUCAACUAAAAGGGGAAUUUUCUUUUGAUGAUCAGUUUUGUAUGGGAAGCCUUGAAGCCAUAACUCUGUAUGGUGCAAUCGAAACAAGGAGGGUCUCAAUUAGUAGACAGUCGUGUCCCAUCCUUCAAACUCUUAAGCUUUCUUUUAUGGAUGAUCUAAUUGAAGUGGAUGUAACAGGGGUAACCACAUUGGAAUGUCUGGUGCUGAUGCAAUGUAGAAAGUUGAGAAAAGUAUCGGUCAAUGAUCUGCCAGAUCUUGAAAUGUUUCAAAUGAAACUCUGCAGGACUAUGACAGAGUUCCCAAAUUUUGGGUGUGUCAGAUUUCUCAAGAGGAUCUGUAUUAGCCGCUGUCGGAACCUGCGGGAUAUAUCAGCUAUUGAACAAUUGAAGGGAUUGAAGAGGAUCUGGAUCGCGCAUUGUCCAGAGCUGGAGAGUAUAAAAGCUAUUGAACAAUUGAAGAGAUUGAAGAGAAUCUUCAUUAACGAAUGUACAGAGCUGCAGGGUGUAAUUUGUUUUGAAAAAUUGAAGGCGUUGAGGAGUGUCUUCAUUGGGAAUUGUCCAAAGCUACAGAACAUGUACGGCAUAGAAUUUUUAAUAUGCCUGGAGAGCAUUGUCAUUAAUGGAUGUCCGCAGCUGCAGAAUAUAGGGGGUAUUGAAGAAUUGAAAGGACUGAAGGAGAUGAUUAUUGCAGAUGCUCCUAUAAUAAGUUGCGUUGAAAGGUUGCAGAGAUUGCCGGGGGACGUUACGAUUAUAGUGGGGAGAUCGGCCACGGCAGAUUCCAUCGCCGAAGAAGAAGUCUUCAAACGGACAUUGUCAGAUAAAAUUGGGGAUGGUUUCUGUGAAAUAAAUUUCUUGGGAAAUAGGAGGGAAAAUGUAGAGGAGAUGAUCCAUUCCUUUGAUAGAACCCGACAUGCGUUCAGUACAUUCAUCUUUUGCACUACGGUUGAUGGGUUUCCUCGCAUACCGAGAGACUUGUGUAAUUGGAGCAGGACUCCGUUUAAAGCGCGUCUUGGUUUUUGGGGCAGAAGAGAGAGGUUGAUAUAUAUGUGUGCGGUUAGCGAAGAAAGGUUCUCAAACUAUGACUCCUGGUUGCCAUCAGAGUCUGAGAUGGAGAAGGGGUUUAUAAUGGGAGUGAAGAAAGGCGAGGAAAGCAAAAGCCUCCACAUAUUGAAAAGCUUAGUUGCUCAACUACGCUUGGGCGAACUUUGUUGCGUCGGCAAAAGGAGAAAAGAUGUUUCGUGGGAUCAAAGCGGUUCUGUGCUAGCUGACAAUGAUGAUUUCAUUGACGAAUAUGAUGACGAGGAAGAACUUGAUGGUGGUGAUGAUGAUUAAAAAUUCCGUUGUUGUAAAUGAAAUUAUGGUUAUCUUAAAAAGAAAAAGUUAUGCAAAAUGAUUUUCUUUAGAGUAGUAUUAAUUUA